CCUGUUCACUCCUCCAAUUUUGUGAUUUUAGUGUCCAGUUGAGAGAAAAAGUCUUGAAAGGUGUCGUUUUGAAGCAGUUACAUCACCGUGAUCUUCAGGAGCUUCAAAUUGGAGUGCAAAAUGUCUUUCAAAUCACGCAGACUGUAAGCGGUGGUCGAGUCUGACAGUAGUUGCAGUGGAAGUUCAAGUGUAACCUGCAAGCGUACAAGUGAACGAGGCCCAAUGGUCCUGGAGAAUAAGAGAGACGACGACUCUGACAACAACAUGAACUCGGCCGUCAGCACAGAGUCCAUGGACAUGGCUGAAGAGCCAGACUAUGACACGUCGUACGGUGCGCAGGACAUGUCGCAGGUGGACGGGUGCGGGCUGAGCGGCGGCUCGGAGGACGACGAGGAGUGCGCGUCGUCGCCGGCCGGCUCCGCGUACGAGGACGCCGGUGACGUCAUCAAGAGCGCCAUGAGCGACGAGGUCACCAAGCAGCUGGCGGCCGCUGGUCCCGUCGGUAUGGCUGCAGCGGCCGCCAUAGCAUCCUCAAAGAAGAGAAAGCGACCGCACUCGUUUGAAACCAACCCAUCAGUUAGGAAGCGCCAUCAGAACAGACUGCUCAGGAAAUUAAGGCAAACGAUAGAGGAGUUCGCGACGCGCGUGGGCCAGCAGGCGGUGGUGCUGGUGGCGACGCCGGGCAAGCCCAACACGUCGUACCGCGUGUUCGGCGCCAAGCCGCUCGAGGACGUCGUGCGCAACCUGCGCUGCAUGAUCAUGGAGGAGCUCGAGAACGCGCUCGCGCAGCAGUUCGGGCUGGGCUCGGGCCCGCAGGCGCCGCCGCCGCCGCAGGAGGACCCGUCGCUGUUCGAGCUGCCGCCGCUCAUCAUCGACGGGAUCCCCACGCCGGUCGAGAAGAUGACGCAGGCGCAGCUGCGCGCCUUCAUACCGCUCAUGCUCAAGUACUCCAUGGUGCGAGGCAAGCCGGGUUGGGGCCGCGAGUCGACGCGGCCGCCGUGGUGGCCCAAGGACCUGCCGUGGGCCAACGUGCGCAUGGACGCGCGCUCCGAGGACGAGAAGCAGAAGAUGUCGUGGACGCACGCGCUUCGGCAGAUAGUGAUCAACUGCUACAAGUACCACGGGCGCGAGGACCUGCUGCCAGCCUUCACGGACGACGACGACGACAAGCACCACCAGCGCGCGCUCUCGCCUGCGUCGUCGCAGUGCAUGCCGAGCGGCAGCUGCAACUCGGGCGGGUCGAGCAAGCACGGCCAGCAGGCGGUGCUCACCUCGCAGCAAGUGUGCAUCGACCAGAUGACGCUCGCCGAUGUCGAUAUGUCGCAGUACGCGCCGGCGGUGCUGCAGACGAUCACGAACCCGGACGGGUCGGUGUCGCUGAUCCAGGUGGACCCCAACAGCCCCAUCAUCACGCUGCCGGACGGGACCACCGCGCAAGUUAUCCAGAGCACGGAGGGCGGCGCGGUGGUGAGCGGCGUGCCGGUGAGCGGGCUGGACGGCGAGGGCGUGGCCGUCGACCUCAACGAGGCCGCGCUCAACUCCGACACGCAGAUCAUACUCACCACCGACGACGGCCACGGCUACCCGGUGUCCGUGUCGGGCGUGAUCACAGUACCGGUCUCCGCGUCCGUGUACCAGUCGAUGGUGGCGUCCAUGCAGCAGCAGGACGGCGUGUGCGUCGCGCCGCUCGUGCAGAACGGGGAGGCGCUGGAGGCGAUCUCGAUGGGCGGCGGCGUGGCGCAGGUCAUGCUGCAGGGCGGCGGCGAGGCGCAGGUGCUGCAGGUGCUCAGCCUCAAGGACGCCACCGUGCUCACCAAGGCGAUGCAACAGCAAGUGAAGUCAGAACGCGAGGCGGUAGUGGCCGAUUCCUAGCUACUGAGCAUCGUGGCGGAAGACCGCGACGAGCCCGCCACCGAGCCGCUGCCGCCCGCGCUCGACGCUCAGUGACGCGCUCGUGACGUCAUCGCGCUGGCAACAUGACCUCACCACAGACUAUCACACGCCCGGCGAGCGGGAACCCGCAGAUAACACAGCGGACGCGAAGCCGACACUGACAGAUGACACAUGACAGAUAUUGAGGCGCGUAAAUGUACGACCGUUUUGUAUAGACAAUUAUUUACGGAUUUUCAUGAUAGACCCCCGGUUCGUGACGUUUUCAUCAUAGAAGUAACUGUAUGAGACAUCGCAUUGUAAAAAAUUUUAAAUGUUCACCGUAACACUCUAGUCUACAUAAUGUACAGUUAAAAAAUGAGUUACCGUAAAUAUUGAGAUUGUUGAAUGACACAAUAACAGAUUUUACUAUAAAAGUUUUUAACAUCUUCCCUAUUAUUGUAAAUAAAUAAGUAACGAUUCAAUUAUUAAACGGCGAAAAUAAUAGUUACUAUUCUUCUCUAGGUCUAGGGUUGCCACGUUUAGGAAAAUAUGGCUGUUAUAAUUGUUAAAAUUCAUAUAAAAUUACAGUAUAUAAAUGAAUGAAUAUACGGCCUUGAAAGCCUGAUUGUCAGAGCCAAUUCAGAAUAGAAAAAUAUGCCAAAGAAAACUCAAAUGUACUACUCAGCUGUAGAAGUUAACAGCCCAAAUAAGUAUUAAAAUUACUAAAAAACCAUAAAUCAACACUGCAAGUGUACGAUAGGUCAUAAGUACUUGAUGUACCAAAAAUCAGUUUUUAUAUAUGGAGGUGAUGUUAGUUGAGGUUGAGGUUACUAACAAUUAAACGAGCGAGUUAUAAAACGGGCAUAGAUAAUUGAAUGAAUAAAUUGUCCAAGAUCUCAGCGAUCAAUCGCGUUCUCAGAACGCAGACUAGCGUAAUUAUUAAUUUAUCGAUAAUUUAUUAAGAAACACCAAAUAUUUAUACCAAUUUAUUUUUGUGCAAUAACGCAAUAAUUGUUCCGGUAUUUUAUUUUACCUACAUUCCUUUAUUUUAAGCUUAUUUAAGUGCAAUUGUUGUUUUUAAUUUAAUUUUAAUUUUUGUUGACACGUUCUAGUCGGUUUGAGUCAUAGUAACGAUCUAGUCUAAUAAACGUAAUUUAAAAUUGUAAAAUACUUUCUUAGGCGAAUUAAUGUAAUUAAAUUUCACUGUAUUUAGUGAGCGACCUCAGCAGGGUUAAAGAUCCAAAGUAUAUCUAUAUUGAUGUUUAAAAUGUAUGAUGUUAUGCAUUUAGGGACGUUUAAUGACUUUGCUGGUUUUCAGUGGUCGGAUCGGCGACGAAACCUAUUUGAGAUAGGUUAAGUUUCAUAUAAUUCAUAAUAAUAAAUUAUUUUAAAUUGUUAGCCAAGCAUAGUUGUAAGAUGUAGACAUCCUAGAAAAGUACAAAUCUGUAUAAUUGCGUAUUGUUUAUUUUAUAUUUAAGAGAUGCGUAACCUUAUUGUUUUUUAUUUUAUAAUUUAUUGGUUUUAUUUUGUGUUCAUUAAUUUAUUUAAUUUAAUAUUUAUGUAUAGGUAUGGAAAAGCACAAUUUUGUUAAGUGAUGAUUUGCGAUUGUAAAUAUGGUAUGACUGUGUGUAUAAUGCAAUCAUUAAAAGUAUUUACGUAA